AGCAACAAUGUUGACAACAUUCGCUCUUGUGUUAUUGGUGAGCGUUGGUGCCUUCGUCAAUGGUCAAGCGGACUAUUGCGAUGUGGAGAGUUGCAAGAUGAAGGGACCGCACACGGUCUGCAAAUAUCCGUCGGAGGAGCCUUCGGAGGAAUGCGGUCAGCUUGAGCAGAUAGGGGUGACUGAGGAGGAGAAGAAAACCAUUGUCGACAGACACAAUCACUGGAGACGUUACGUUGCUGCUGGAAAAGAGACGAGGGGAAAUCCUGGACCUCAGCCCGCUGCCACUAACAUGGGGGAUUUGGAAUGGGACGACGAAUUGGCUUUCAUAGCGCAGAGAUGGGCUAAUCAGUGCAACGAUGUGCAUGAUGCGUGCCACGACACAUAUACUGAGUGGGUGGGCCAAAAUCUCAAUUGGGGCGCUUGGAGCGAUGGCUACCAUCCGAAUGUAAUAAGAGACCUGGUUGACAAUUGGUAUAAUGAAGUGGAGCACUUCGACGCUAAUACUGUCUCAGCCCUCCAGCCAAAACCCCCAGGAGUCAAACUUUACCAUUACGUUCAGAUGGUCUGGGCCGAUACCAAGCGGAUCGGAUGCGGCAUCACCAAAUACACCAGAAAUAAGCCGACCCAGUACAAUCCCGAUAUGUGGCCGGAGCUGUUCCUCGUCUGCAACUACGGCCCGACAGGAGUUCUCCAAGAUUGGCCGUUAUUAUACAGUCUGACAAUGGGGAAAAAAUUGAGUCAAGUGGUGCUGUUGUGCUGCAUAGCAUUCGUCGUUGGGCAGGAACCAAAGUUCUGUGAUCUGCAAUCUUGUGGCGAUAAUGUACACACGUUAUGCGCACACCCUUCACCUGACCCCGACAGUUCGUGUGGUGAAUUGGGGGUUGUGGGUUUGACCCAGGAAGAGAAAGACGCUCUGCUCAAGGCACACAAUGAUUACCGAGCUUACGUUGCCAGCGGUCAGGAAGGAAGAGGCAGUAAUGGUGGCCAACCAGGUGCCACAAAUCUUGGACCCCUGGAAUGGAAUGACGAAAUAGCGGAAAUUGCACAGCGAUGGGCCAAUCAAUGUAAUUUCGGUCACGACAAUUGCCGAAACACAGCUGACGAUUAUGUUGGACAGAAUAUUGCAUCAGUGUCUUGGAGUGACCAAUUCCACUACGACAGUAUCACUGGAAUGGUGGAUAGUUGGUACAACGAAGUGGACAAUGUCGACAGAAACAUUGUCUCAGCUUAUCAAUUUUCAGAAGACACCGGCCACUACACCCAGCUCGUCUGGGCCGGUACCACUCAGCUUGGCUGCGGUCUCACGAGAUACAAAAAACCCGGGGAAUGGUACAAUACAUACCUCGUGUGUAACUACGCCCCAGGAGGAAAUAUCAUCGGCGCGCCGAUAUACCAGACGUCUUAAUCUGCAGCGAUUUUUUUUUCAUCUAUUCUUUGCAUGCAAUGCAAUAGGAUAUGUCAUUAGUGUUAAUAAAUAAAUAUCAUUUAUGAAUGCACA